CGAACCCUCAAAUCUUCAUCGUCCUCUCUUUUCUUCUCUUCCCGUUCGCUGAAACCCUAAUCCGAAACCCUACCUUUUUUCUACUCCGCCAUGGCUAAGAAGCGAAAGAGCCGAGCCCCAAGUCGGCCUACGGCCGAUCCAGAACCAGAGCCAGUCGAAAUUCAACAGCUACAGCAACAACUCGAAUCGGAUCUCCAAUUUGAAGCAUCCCAUCAAGAUCCGGAACAACAGGCAGAGGAAGAAUUGGAAGAGGAAGUAGAAGAUGCAGAUCUUGACGGUGGAGAGGAGGAAGAGGACGAAGGAGAAGAUACGCAAGCGGAUCUAUUGAACACAGAUGCUGAAACUGGCAAAGAAAACCAGGUGGCCCAUGAUGUUUCAACUGGAAAAGCUAACGGGGAGGAGAAGAAGGCUAUAGAUACGGAGGUAUUUGACGAUGAGCCACUGGAUAAAGUUCUGGAGCCCUUCUCCAAGGAGCAACUCAAAGCCCUGGUUCAGGAGGCUGUGUCCAAACACCCUGAUUUCAGGGAAAACGUUAACACAUGGGCAGACAAAGAUCCCGCACACAGGAAGAUUUUUGUUCAUGGUCUUGGCUGGGAUACAACAACCGAAACCCUAAUUACUGUGUUUGGAAAGUACGGGGAGAUUGAGGAUUGCAAGGCCGUCACUGAUAAGGUAUCGGGGAAGUCAAAAGGCUACGCCUUUAUACUUUUCAAGCACAGGAGCUCAGCAAGAAAUGCCUUGAAAGAGCCCCAGAAGAAGAUUGGUUCCAGGACCACAUCCUGUCAGCUUGCUUCAACUGGUCCAGUGCCAGCUCCGCCUCCAACCUCUCCGCCUGUGUCUGAGUAUACUCAGAGGAAGAUAUUUGUUAGCAAUGUUGCAGCAGACUUGGACCCCAAGAAGUUAUAUGAGUUCUUUUCCAAGUAUGGUGAGAUUGAAGAAGGACCUAUGGGAUUGGACAAGAAUACAGGGAAACCGAAAGGUUUCUGUUUGUUUGUUUACAAGAGUAUUGAGAGUGCAAAGAAGGCACUGGAGGAGCCUCAAAAGAGUUUUGAGGGGCAUACACUGAAUUGUCAGAAGGCAAUUGAUGGGCCAAAGCAGGGAAAAGGUUAUUCACACCAGCAGCAAACAUCUUAUCCUCAACAUCAUCUGCAACAACAGUAUUAUCAGCAUGCUGCAAAGAAGGGAAAGUAUUCUGGUGGUGGUGGAGGGAGUGCAAAUGCUUCAGCAGGGCAUUUGAUGGCCCCAGCCGCACCAUCUAUUGGGAUUAAUCCAGCUAUGGGCCCAGCCAUUGGACAGGCACUGACUGCAUUGCUAACAUCCCCUGCAGCAGCAGGACUUGGCAUUGGCAAUCUACUCGGGGGACUUCCUGUGAACCCUCAUGGAGUUCCACCUGUGGCGAACAAUGCAUCGGGAUAUGGGUCUCAGGGUGCUACAUCAGGAGGAUAUGCUGGUCAUCCCGGAGUGCAGGGAGGAGGAUAUCAGAACCAACCAAUGGGUCAGGGAGGAGUGAGGCCACAAGGUGGUGCCCCCUGGCGUGGUCAUUAGGCCAUGCAAAAGAUACCAUCAUAAAUGCUUCAAUCUUUUUGUUUUGGACCCGGUGGUUCUUGUGAGGUUCCAGAAUCAAAAGCAAAUGACGUAUUUUUAUUCUAGCAAAAAGUUACUGUUUGUUUUCAGACCAGAAUAUGUAUUUUCUGCUUCAUUCAAACACUCAUUUUAGCAGUUGUUUUCUAAAAUCAUGGUCACCUUUAUGAUCUGUGUACUAUGUAGUACUUUGGUUUCAGCACUUCUAUAUUUUAAAAGACUUGACAAUCUAGUAGGGUAUUCUAGCCCAUGUUUCUCUGAAUUUUAUUUAGAUGGCUUCACUAUAUUUUUCAACAUAAAGUUAUCACGUACCAGUAUAUCCUUUUUAUGAGAGUUUGUGACUUUUGAAGCUUAACACUAUGUUUGGUUCAAGGAUUAUGGAAGGAAAAGAAGAGAAUGAUUUUCUCUCAUUUUCCUUACCAAAAUGGGAGGAAUUUGGUUUUCCCUCCACUUGGUACAUUUUGCCUUCUCAUUUUCUUUUCCUUCCACUUCUCCUUUCUUUUCCCCUCUAACCAAACAAGAGAAACUGUUUUCCAAUUCAUUUGCUUUUCUUUUCCCUUUCAAAUUCCUUGAACCAAACAAAGUGUAAAUGAAGUAUUCAAUUUGUAGUUUUGCAAAUUUAACAUGUGAUCAUUUGGUUUUUUCACUGAUGUAGCCCCUUGUACACACACAUAGAGGAUCACUUCAAGAAAUUUUUAUGCACAUUAAACAGGAUUUACAUCAAAAUGUCAUUUUUUGUGGAUGGGUUCUGUUCUAAUUUAGUCUGUAUCUUCUAACCUCUGAUGUUGCAGGUAACUUUUGCUUGCUCUCUUCUAUUUCUCUCUCCAUUCCUUGGGCACACCUAAAUUUUCCAGUGGAUACUUUUAUCUGUGUUAAAAAGAAGAUGCUCUUAUUAACACCAUGUUUAAUAACCUGACUUAAAAUAUUAAAGAAACAAAAUACAUCAAUUUAAAACCCACAUAAUUAAGAAACAUUUAAGGUUUCUGCAGGAGCAUAUUUUGUUAAAACUUAUUUCAAUCAACUCUGUCUCCUUAUUUUUUCGGGACAUUGUCUUUAGUCUCAUCAUGACCAACAACAUCAGGGUUUCGCAUUUCUUUUACAACUUCCCAUCAUUAUUUCUUCAUCUCUUGAAUCUACAAGUACAUGAAUAUGCAUUGUCUAUUCUAUAUUCUGUUCUAGUACUUCUCCGUGCUAGUCUCGAUGGAGCACAGGACAAUUUGAAGUGCGACAAGUUGUCUACACCAUGGAGAACUUGUAAGCUUUUACCUAUGUCUCUAGCAUUGCACUCUCUAAGGUAGAAUUGGAUGUGUGCCUUAUCUCUUCUUCCUCUUCUUUUUGCCUAUUAGCACAAGAG